GCGCCGAGAGCCGGCGGGCGAGCGAGCGAGGGGGCAGGAGGGGCGGACGGCGCGGCGGCGGCGGGCGCUGGAGGAGCCUGAGAAGGAGUGCAGAAAGCAGGCACCCGCGCGCCCACGGUAGCAGGAGCAGCCCGCAAGCCGCUCUCUCUCUGUAGGGCACCUGCAGUUGCAAUAUGACUUUGGAGGAAUUCUCGGCUGGAGAGCAGAAGACCGAAAGGCAAGUCAGCCGGAGCUUCUCCCUGAACUCUGCUUGCCCACUGCGCGCACCCCAGUGCUGCCAGGCUGUGCAAGGAUGGAUAAGGUGGGGGAUGCCCUCGAGGAAGUGCUCAGCAAAGCCCUGAGUCAGCGCACCAUCACCGUCGGGGUGUACGAGGCGGCCAAGCUGCUCAACGUCGACCCCGACAACGUGGUGCUAUGCCUGCUGGCGGCGGACGAGGACGACGACAGGGACGUGGCUCUGCAGAUCCACUUCACCCUGAUCCAGGCGUUCUGCUGCGAGAACGACAUCGACAUCCUGCGCGUCAGCAACCCUGGCCGGCUGGCCGAGCUCCUGCUCCUGGAGAGUGACGCGGGCCCCGCGUUGAGCGAGGGCGCGGAGCAGCCCCCGGACUUGCACUGCGUGCUGGUGACGAAUCCACAUUCAUCACAGUGGAAGGAUCCUGCCUUAAGUCAACUUAUUUGUUUUUGCCGGGAAAGUCGCUACAUGGAUCAGUGGGUUCCAGUGAUUAAUCUCCCUGAACGGUGAUGGCAUCUGAAUGAAAAUAACUGAACCAAAUUGCACUGAAGUUUUGAAAUACCUUUGUAGUUACUCAAGCAGUUACUCCCUACACUGAUGCAAGGAUUACAGAAACUGAUGUCAAGGGGCUGAGUGAGUUCAACUACAUGUUCUGGGAGCCCGGAGAUAGAUGACUUUGCAGAUGGAAAGAGGUGAAAAUGAAGAAGGAAGCUGUGUGGAAACAGAAAUACAAGUCAAAAGGAACAAAAAUUACAAAGAACCACGCAGGAAGGAAAACAAAACUAUGUAUUAAUUUAGGAUGGUUGAGUUACAUUUAAAUAAACCAAAUAUGCUUUGUUGAAGUUUAAAUGUGCGGCAGUAGUUUGGGUAAUUUUGGUUUAUAUGCCCUCAAGUAAAAAAGAAAAAAGCAGAAAGGGUUAAUCAUAUUUUAAAACCAUAUUUUAUUGUAUUUUGAUGAGAUGUUAAAUUCUCAAAGUUUUAUUAUAAAUUGUACUAAGUUAUUUUAUGACAUGAAAGGUUAUUUAUGCUAUAAAUUUUUUGAAACACAAUACUUAACAAUAAACUGGUAUGGAAUAAUUGCA